AUGGCAACAAGCCCACUUCGAGUGUUGGUGAUUGUCUCACAAAGAAGCACACUAAUAUCCAAAGCGCGCGAUUCACCGCAAGAUAUGGUACCCCUGGCCCUUCGACUCUUGAAGAAAAGCAACAUGAGAGCAGAAGGAAUUGAGACACGAUUGCUCGCGGUUCAAAACUGGCCAACACGCAUCUACAUCGUUUUCGACAUCGCCAACGCAGACUACGAUGCGACACUAGGUCAUCUCCCAGAACAAAACCGACUCCCAGUAGAUGUCGCGCGUUUCAGUAAGAAAAGACUGGCGUAUAAAGCGAAUCCAUGGGUAUCGCAAAGAGUCAAUCACGAUAUAGCAAUGCUUCAUAACGCCAACGGCUUCGGCACUAUCCCGCCCUUUACGGAGGAUCAUUCGCUGGGCAAGCCUCCAGCAUAUCGCAAUCCACGAGAUAUUACAAUGUUGCGAGUCUCGUACAUUGAGGAUUUUUCAUGA